GGCGCCAUCUUAGAUAUCUCCCCAGUAGUAAAGGGAGCGGUAGCUGCGGAGGACGCGUACACAGAGGUUACACACUUCGUUGUUUUCUCCCCCAAGUAUAUCAUUUCCGCGCGGCCUUGUAUUUCAGGACUACAGCUGGGAAAGCCGCCGGCCCGCCACCCUUCAGUGAGAAGUGGAUAAAGACAUUGUGGUGUAACCUCCCCUGAGGAAUGAUGUCUUGCACCACCGUCACAAGAUCUUUUACCUGCUCUCCAUUGGACGAUAUGCCAAGUAAGAAUGAGGGCUCUCACCCGCACUCAUGUGUAUCUGUACUUGGAAGAGUCCUCUCUGCUCCUAACAACCAGAAGUUUUGUUCCCAAGAAAGCUUAUCUGAAUUGGUUAUGGAGAAGAAUGCAAAGAACCUUAAAGCCGUGUCAGAAUUUGUCCAAAAACAUUACGGAGAGUUGAUAGGGUUCAUGAACAGUUAUCUGUACUUGUGUGAUCUUAAUGGCACUAUCUACAUGGGGCAGACAUAUCUGAAAGAAGGCUGGGAAGAGUCAUAUCUUCCAGAAAUAACAAGAAUGGAGGUGCUGGGCACUCUGGAGGUGGACUGUGUGGACAUUUCUCCCUGCCCCAGUGAGCAGUGGGUCAUACUGGUGGGAGAAGAUGGAUAUGUCUAUGCUUAUUGGAAUGAAGAGCUGAAGUUAAUUGCAAAAAGCCUAAGAGAAUUUGUAAAAUACGGCAAGAAGAAAGUUUAUGCAUCGUAUUUGUAUUCUGAAUGCAGUGAUGAGGAUGAUGAAUCUGCAAAACCAAGUGAAGAAAUACAGAAAAUCCGGCAAAGAACAAAAGAUUUUGUGAACAACAAUGCAGAUGAGUUUAGAAAGUUCCUGGCUAAAAUAAAAUCACUGAAACAAACAUGAACUCUGCUCUACAGCAAGAAGGUGUCUUACAGGACAUGCUCUAUUUUCUUGCGGUGCUCUUCACAUCCAUUCCGUCCCCAUGUCUUUAGAAUGGGAUUUACUAAACAAAGACCACCAGAAUCCCUUACAAUGGGGGCCUUACAGUAGCCAAGCCCUGUGGCUUAUUGACAUGUUCAACACCAAUUCAUGUUCUCUUCAUUGUCCUGGUACGCAGAGCCGCCGUGUCCGAGCUACAUUUUAUUCAACACUGCUGCAUCACAAUCCCGGAGGAAGGCAUUGGAAAGUCAAUAAACUGGAGUUGGUCAGUGGAAAUCCCACAAUUCCAGAUGGAUAUGUUUCCACUUUUGAUGUUUUGGAGACAGUUAUGGGAGAGUGUGGCAGCUGUAGUCUCCUUGUCUGCAUGGUCAGUGUGAGAGUAAAUGCAUCUACACCGGGUGUAUAUUAGUAUCCAGUGUAUAUUCAACUACAAUAGGGUUCUGUAAUGUAACACAUUGCAGGUGGAAAUAUCCUUUGGAGGGAGACGAGCAAGAUUCAUUUUCUACAAGAUAUAUUCUAUAAUAGAAUUUCUUAAUAAAGUGUUAAACUAAA